AUGAGCUCCACAAAUUUGGCAGGAGGAGGAGGAGGUACUGCCAGUGGCGGUGGCGCUGAUGGCUCCAACCCGCGUGCCCAGAACACUAUAACAUCGGAGUACUCGACGACAGCUGGCACCUACAGUGACACUAUGUCCAGCAUCAACACUUUGGGAUCCACGUCGACGCUCCAUGCGCCAGUGUCGUCUCCGAUAGCGGCGGCUGCUGCGGCAUCUGCGGCGUUGGUUGCACAGCUGAAUCCGGCGGAUCGGUGGCCCACAGAACCGUCGGCCUACAAAUUGGAUGAGUCGAUUGGUGUGGGAGCAACGGCUACGGUUUUUACGCUCAAAAUUUGGCUCAAAAAUACAGAAUUUCUGACACCGGGCCUUCCGGGCCGGGCCUUCUGUUUGCCACGGAACGAGAAAGUGGCGAUCAAAUGCAUCAAUUUGGAAAAGUGCCAAACGUCGGUGGAUGAGUUGAGUCACGAAAUUCAGGCGAUGUCUCAGUGCAACCAUCCGAAUGUCGUCAGUUAUUACACCUCGUUCAUCGCACAGGAGGAGUUGUGGGUCGUGAUGCGCCUUCUGAAUUGUGGAUCCAUGUUGGAUAUAUUGAAACGGAAGGUUAAGGCCAUCGGAAAAGAACAAGCCCAGUUUGGCGUCCUCGACGAGGUAUCUAUCGCUACAGUUCUCCGUGAAGUAUUGAAAGGGCUUGAAUAUUUCCAUUUGAAUGGGCAAAUACAUCGUGACAUAAAAGCCGGUAACAUUCUGCUCGCCGACGAUGGCACUAUCCAAAUCGCUGAUUUCGGAGUUUCCGGAUGGUUGGCAUCGUCAGGAGGAGACCUUUCGAGACAGAAGCUUCUGGAUUUUAAAUAUUUAGACUUUAUAAUUGGAAUCUUCCAGAAAGUCCGCCACACAUUCGUCGGCACCCCGUGCUGGAUGGCUCCAGAAGUCAUGGAACAAGUCCAAGGAUACGACUUCAAGGCCGAUAUAUGGUCUUUAGGAAUCCUGGCAAUCGAGCUGGCCACCGGAACAGCCCCAUAUCAUAAGUAUCCGCCAAUGAAAGUGCUUAUGUUGACCCUCCAAAACGAUCCACCAACUUUGGAAACGAAUGCAGAACGGAAGGAUCAGUACAAGGCUUACGGGAAGUCGUUCAAGACACUUAUCAGGGAUUGUUUGCAGAAAGAUCCAGCUAAAAGGCCAACAGCUUCAGAACUUCUCAAGUACUCAUUCUUCAAGAAGGCCAAAGACAAGAAGUACCUGGUCCACACCCUCAUCGAGAAUCUCGCUUCCGUUCCCGUCGUCUCACAUCACUCGUCGAAAAAAGUGGCGUCUGGAAAGUUGAGGAAAGACGCUCAUGGAAACUGGGAAUUCGAGUACGAUUCGCCACAGGAGAGUGAUAGUGAUGAGGAUGAGGAGAGGGAAAAGAAGAAGGAGAAGAAGGAGCAGGCGGCGGCGGCCGCUGCUGCAGCCGCACCAGCUCAAGCUACAGAAGCGGGCAAUCAGUCGUCGGAGACGUUGAAUAUGGUGUUGAGAGUGAGAAAUCAGCAAAGAGAAUUGAACGACAUCAAGUUUGAUUAUACCAAAUCAUCUGAUACUGUAGAAGGAAUCGCCCACGAACUCGUCACCGCCGAGCUGAUAGACUGUCACGAUCUGGUCAUAGUCGCCGCCAACCUACAAAAAUUGAUCGAUUACGCCGGAAGCAAAUCCGAUCGACGAUCCAUAACGUUCGCAUUGAAUUCAGGAGUUCAUGCAAAUGAGGUUCCCGACGAGCGGACUCUGACAGGAUUCGCCCAAAUUUCGUUGCUCGAUUGA